UUUUUACGACGAACGAGAGACAUCGCCCCGUCGUGCAAGCCGUUCUUCUGCAGCUCCCUUGCGCUGCGUCACCUCGGCCUCUCCGGCACCAAGCUGCCAGCCGAGGCCGUCAAGGGCUGGCUGUGUGGGGAGCUGUCCGCUGGCAUGGAGGAGCUGCUGCUGCUGCUGCUGUGCGCGCUGGGCUCGGUGCUGGCGCCGUGCCCGUGCCGUGAGUGCUGGAGGGACUACAUAAAGUGCGCCGACGAGGGGCUGGAGGAGGUCCCGCUACUGGACCCGUCCCUGCUGGAGAACGACCGUCCCAUCAAGAAGCUCUUCCUCGGAGGAAACCGCCUGCGCGUGCUGCGGGCGGGCAGCCUGGCGCGCCUGCCCAGCCUCGAGCGGCUCAGCAUUCGAGCCUCGCGCGUCGCCGAGCUCGAGGCUGGCGUCUUCCAGGGCCUGCUGCGACUCCAGGUCCUAGAGCUGCAGGAUAACGAGCUGGAGGAGGUUCCGGCUGACCUGAUCACUGACCUGCCGGCACUGCGCACGCUGGACAUGUCCGACAACCGCGUGCGAGUCCUCCCCGCGGAGGGUCUUUCCAGGCUGUCGCGACUCCGUGACGUCUACCUGCACGGGAACGCACUGCGAGAGCUGCCACGCCGUGCGUUUGCGGGCUGCGUGCACCUGAGACGCCUCUACCUGCACGGGAAUGCGCUCACGUCCCUUCGUGCAGACGGGCAGUACUUUGCUGGCGCUCGCUCGCUGCAGGUGCUGGACCUGCACGGGAACCAGCUGCUGGUGCUGGACGUCGCUCUGCUGCUCGAGCUGCCGGGGCUGCAGCUGCUGGACCUGUCCAACAACCGCCUGCGCUCGCCGCCGGCGCUCAACCUGCCCCCUCGCGACCCCCUGCCCCCCCUGGGGCCCCUUCCCAACCCGCGACCCCGCGAACCUCUCACGAGCACCACCGUGGCACCCAGCCCCAGCCCGGAGCCCGUGCUGGGACCCGCGCUGGGACCCGCGCUGGGGCCCUUGCAGCUGCGCUGGCUCGUGCUGCACGGGAACCCAUGGGCCUGCGAGGACGUGGACGCGGUGUGCGCCCUGCGCCAGCGGCUGCUGGACGCGAGAGUGCGGGUGUACUACGGCCUCACCUGUGCGUCCCCGGCCUGGGUGGCCGGGCGUAACGUCCUCACGUCGCGAUGCCCCCACGAUCUGACCACAACCACCACGACCACCAGAACCACGACCACCAGAGGGACCACCACCACCACGAGGACGGACCAGCCAGGAAUGCCGGGCGCCGCUAUGCAAAGGACCACGCAAACUAUGAAUCCUGCGAGGACCAAGCUGCGUGGAACGAAACCCCAGAAGCCGGUGGUCGGGGGGCCUGCAGAACUCUCUGGCCAGCCUGGGGGGUCAGGGGGCCCCACACACUUCGCCUCGGACCUUCUGCCCCAUGGCGUGUGGCUGCCGGGUCCCGACGGGUCCCUGCUCGGAGGAAAGCAGCCGGCGUCCUCCCGCCUGCCGCCAGCGUCGCCGGGUGCCGUGCUGGGCACGCUGCUGCUGCUCACGGCACUUGGUUGCGUGUGCGGGUUCCUGUCGAGACGCGCGCGGGCACGUGGGGUGCUGUGGGGGCAGCAGCGGCAGGGGGAGCAAGGGCAGCAGGCGGUGUUGGGGCCGGCAGUCAGGGAUGCCAGGGCGCGGGGAGAUUGAUGAUCAUGGUGAUGUCAGAAGCGCUCAUGUGUUUGGUCUCAUUGCAAAAAUAAUAAUCAAAACGCUCGCCUUCCACAAAAUCUCAUGGUCACGAUUGUCUUGCUGAGCUCUUUGGUGUGUUUUCAACAUCAUGUCCAAUGUUUCGCUUCACAUGCUGGGGGCCUUCUUCAGGAACUGUUACAAUUCAGUUACAAUGAUCAGGGCAUGAAGAAGCUCCCAGCACGUGGAGCAAGGAAUGGUGUUAAUAACGUUUGACAUAAUAGUGAACAACACGCAACAUAGCCUGAAAACACAACCAGGGAGUUCCUUCCCCCUGCCCUCUGUGCUGUUGACUCUCUGCGUGUCAAAUUCAAGAUCUUCCUUUUUUCUUCUGCCUAUGACUGACGGCCUCGAUAAAUGUUUCUAUACCGUGUCUCGAGAUGCGGUUGCGUUUAGACGCUUCUAUAUAGAUCCACAUUGUAAUGUAUAGUGUUCUACUGUGUCUUGCUGUGUUAUUUUGAGACAUUUUAUAAAUUCAAUUGUAUUAUUGCCUGUUCAUAUUUGCAUUAGGCCGCACAUCCAUCACACUCUGUAAUGUAAAGCUCUGAUUUUACACAAAUUUCUCAGCAGGUCACUGGGGUGUUUUAAACACAUUAUUAACUUGUAAAAAAAGGGUGGCAUGAGUAUUCACUCAACGAGUGAGGACAUUGAUGACAUAUCCACAAACGUGUUGAUGGGAUUUAGCAUCAGGUGUUUAAUAAUCAUGCCACCACAAGCCUUGCAGCUGUGUUGGGACCAACAUUUAACAAUCAUUGCUGAUCAACUGUGGCCGGUGAUGUCCACUGACACGAAAUGAUUUCUAAUUUACACAAUAAAGCUUCAGUGAUCCUCAAUACUGUUUCAAGAGAAUCAUGUUUGGGACCUUUGGUUGAGGAAAGAACACUCACACUCCACUAUUCAAAUAGCCUGACGUAACCUUGCUGCAUUGUAGCCUGUAGGUGCCUCGAUUUAACCUGUAGUGAAGAGUGUCAAAUAAAGCAUGUGUUGUGCGAGGUUCAGUCAGAGUGCUUUUUAUUAUUGCGUUUAGUAGUAAAGGUGAGGUUAUUUGGAUCCAUAAG